AUGCAGCUUCCACAGCUCCUGUUUGUCCUGUCGCUCCUACUUCUUGGCACCAAUGCUCUAAACCGGACCUUUUCUCUCACAGCCAUCAACCCAUCCUACCCCCGCAUCCACAACAAGCCCGUAAUCCGCUCGUACCCCACAGAUCCCUCCGUCGUCGGUCUCUACCGGUACUGUAACACCUCGCCCACCGGCAUCUGCAUCGGCUACUUUCAAAAGAACCACGGCGGCGCAACGAUGGGACUCCGGCUGCAGUUUUGGAGCCACGAAAAUUUUCCUGCUAGCAGUCCGUGCUGCUCCGUGGAGGGUAGCUGGAGUAUACAGGUGAUAAAUGGGAUGGGGUAUUUGUUGAGUAGUGGGUCUGAUACGUAUCAGAUGUGUGAGUAUGCGGGGGGGUAUUCGAUUGAGUCGGGUAGUCCGGGAGCAUGUGUUUAUGGGACAAAGAUUGAAGCCCUUUAUGACUCUUGA